AUGGCUGAUGAUCCGUUCUCUCUGACUCCCGCCCUCCGCCUCCGCCCUUCCUCAAACAUUGGAACUCCUUCCCGCUCCUCCCCUCGGUCGCCGACUCCUUGCCGCUCCCGCUCUCCAGAUCCAAAUGCCACUUCGUUAGUCUGCACUUUGGAUCCAUUGCUUGCCAAUCUUUCACCAGAAUCUACUCUCGCGGCAUUAGCAGCCACCGAUGCCAUGCGAACAAAUGGAAAGACUGCGGAGGGUAUUCUUGCCAAAGCCAUUGCCGAAGCCUCAAGGGAUGAGCGUGCUUUAGCCGUCCGAGCUGCAGUGGCUGGGCAGAAUUUGAAACAAUGGCAUGCAGAGGUGUUGGCGUGGGAGUGGCCACGGAAGCAAGAUGCUGUCGCCGGCAAGGGUUUUAUCCCGCCGAAUAACGGUCGAGUUUACAUUGGUGAUGGUGAUGAUGAUGAUGGCUGGGAAAAGUACUUGGGCUGUCUUCCGGCCGCCAUUGUGGAGCAGCACGAGGAGAGGAUUGACGCGAUAAAAGCUGGGAUGAAGGCGUUGGAUGUGGAGGAACUGAAGGAACAUGUCCUCAACGCACAUAUCCCCUCUCGAUCCCGACCGUCAUCUUCGAAUAGCUCCUGGUCCACAAACACGAACACGCUGAGCUAUGUGCAACUCAGUGAUUUCACGGCAGUAAUAACAGCUAACAUUCUCCAGGCACUACCAUACCUCUCCAAGUUGAAUAUUCUCCUCAAUAUUUGGGAUGUUCGUAUCACCGUCCUACACCAAGUCCCCGAGCUACUGGCUGGUCUUGGGAACACAAAGAGGGACAUUUAUGGCGCAUUAGAUCGAUUAAAAAUAAGAUUGUUACCAGAACUGGACAACCCCCUAUUUUCUAAGACCUCGUUUGGAUCGGCUCGUCACAGGCUGGAAAGCAAGGUAUUAAUCGUGGGAAGUAAGAUGGAUCGCAUUCUUGAUUCUCUCGAAGGCCAAGAAGAUGUUCUCCCAGAUGUUUGGAUUGACGAAAUGGAAGCUAUUGAAACUGCGUUCGCCACUUGGGCUUUUGAAGCGGGGAAAAUGGCAUCCGAAAACGAUUUUAAGCGAUCAAUCCCGCCGCUGCCUGAAUGUUCGAUGCAGUCAAGCGAGACUGAAAUGCCUGAAAAGGCUAGUCUAGGCAACCCAACAACGCAGAGUUCUACUUCUUUGCUUGGGAACGAUCGAAAAGACAAAGAUGAUAAUUCCGUGGAAGUGAUGGAAGAUCGAAGUAUCCAUAUCGAACUUGAGCUGCCCACUACACCCUUCCAGACUGACCCAGUCCCGAAUGAUGAGAUUUCUCCAGAGCUGAUGGACGUUCAGCGGACUCCUCCCCCUUCGUCUCCACUGAUACCUCAAGUCCAACGCCCAGGGAAAGACAUAUCCCAAGCGGGCACCCAAAGUACUCAUACAGCGGUUUCCAGCGAAACGGAACUCACACAGGAGAGUCUGAAUCCUACACACAGUGACUCAGACACUUCUUCAGCGCUACCUUCUACGCCUACAACUUCUACUACCCGAGAAGAACUAACUAGCCUGUCGUGUCCUGGCGCCGCUGAACCCCUAAUGAACCAGCAGAGCAUUGAUGAGUUGCCAGAAAAAGCCGCUCAACUAGUUGAAGACCAUGCUUCUGACAAAACUCCUGGGACUGGGAAUUCUAAUAAGCCCAGUUCAGUGUUAAUCGAAACUCCCGAGAACAGUCCAGAGCCUCCGGAUAACCCAGCAGAACAAAGCUUGGCUGAAGAGACCAUAGGUACCAAUCAGUCCUUCCCACGAUCGCCGUUGCCGUCUCAGAAUGCCGAUCCAGCUUCCCCGCAGUCGCCAGAACCGAAGGCAUCGCCUGGCCAGCGCAGGCCUUUUAACAAUACUGAUUUAUCGACAUCCUCUUCGCCCACGACGGCUGAGUUGGGUCCCUACAAAGCUACGAAGAACAAACCAGAGGCCCUCAAACUGGAAACAAUAGUUCAACGGCGAGAUUCAAUUGUUUCCAGUGCUUCAACUCCUGGUUCUGGGCUUUCGUAUAUCUCCGACCCUGAGAUUAAGGAUGCUCAAGUAGCAACAGCUCAUGGCAGCCCCGUCGUAGUUGAAUCUCCUGGUGGCUUCCUCGCAACUGCGUCGAAGGCUCCCUGGGCUCUUGGACCGGGUGGAAAUAUGCUGUCGCGCACAAAAUCAGCGGAAUCAAAUAGUGGAGCAGCUACAUCUUCUCGCCCUCCAGCGCAGCGGACCAUGAGCCUGCCUCUUGAGCGGUUUGUGGAUGGAGAUCCUCAGGCUGUUCACGAAAUGGAUGAUCCCAAUGAAUCAAACGACAAACAGGAAGUCAGACGGGCAUCCUCUGCAUCUAUCGAGGUUUCACCAAAAACUGAAUUGCUAAGUAUCGUGGUCUCUAACAGGCUCAGCAUGGGACCCACAAAUGGGCCGAAACCAGCGCCAAAUCUUCGCCGUUCUGUUUCUUCUCUCGCUCUAUCAUCCAUAAAUCGAAUCAGCAAUAUCUCUAGAGGCCUGCACCCCAACUAUCCCCGUGGACUACGCCUAUCAACUUCGUCAGAUUCACUCCCGUCUACUGCUGAGGAACAGUCACCGUCAGUGCAUAUUUCAGACAGUAAAGAUAAUAUUAUCCCAUCUCCAGACACACCUACCCCACCUCCAAUCCUUCCGCGCAGAUCCAGCAAGCGAUUUUCUCGGCUUCUCAGUCCAGUCACAUCUAUUUCAUCACAUAAAGAGAGAAACACACUACCAACUACCCAUGGUGCUACUCUUUCUAGAGACGUGGCUGCCAAUUCUGUGAUAUCACCUUCCUUUAAUGCCCCUAAAUCGCCCGAAGAUCAAUUAGAAGAGAAGAUCAACUCCAUACUUACCACAAUUCCCACCCGAAUCCACCUAGUGUCAACCCCUGAUCGUUCGAAUGGUAUAAAAACUACCAAAAAGGCCCCUCGUGCUUCGGAACCUUCGUACUCAACCCCGAGAAAUGAUCGCUUGGGAUCACAAUCCCCAAUGUCAAGCCGCAGCACUACCCCUACGCCAUCACUCACUCUGACACCAGCCUUUGGCCGUUCGCGACGCCCGCACACACAUCACGAUGACGAAUCUGCAGUGAGAUUGUAUCAUUUACACCGCGGAGGCAAAGCAGCCCCUCUCAAACUCUUCGUCCGCUCAGUUGGUGAAGAUGGGGAAAGAGUCAUGGUGCGCGUCGGCGGUGGAUGGGCCGAUUUAGGAGAAUAUCUUCGGGAAUACGCUGUCCACCACGGUCGACGAAACGUCUCAGACGCGAAAUUCGAAGUCCGUGGCCUUCCCAACAACAACAACACCUCGCCCAACUACACACAGAACAAACAUGCCCCAGUCCCCAACACCGGCCGUUCCACCCCUGUAUCCCGCCCUGGCUCAGCCUUUGAUAUCCGCCCCUCAUCCUCGCUCAACAUCCGCAAAACCCGCCGAUCCAUGGCAAACCCCGCCGAACUCCCGAACCUAACAACAGCAAAUAUCGAAAAGGCCUCCGGAGGAUCCUCCGACCCCAGCAGCAAUGGAAGUGGUGGGCCACUUUCCUUCUUCUCAUCUUCUCGUCGCAGACUCUCCACCUCCUCCAACGCAUCCAUGAGCGUCGCCUCCACAUAUGGCGGCGAAGGCCAACAGUACGCCUCCACGCCCCUCGGCCUCGCAGGCCCGCAUCCCAAAUCUAGACAAGUAUCCAUUAGCCCGGAGAGCGAGGCGUGGGUGGAAAAUGUUGUCGGGCGCGCCCGACGCACCUCUGCGACGUUGAGACCUGAGCGCUCCUACGGGAACCUCAGGCGGUUUCGACCGAAUGCUUUGCAGGAGGAUGCUCUCCGAGACCGAACUGAGGGCCGAGGCUAUAGGAGCGUUAGUGAUGUAGGCGGCGGUGGCGGUGCAGGAAAUAAACGGGUGUAUCUUCGUGGGUUGGAUAGAGGGAGGGUGGAAUGA